AUGGAGCUGGUAUUGUGGAUAGACAACGAUUUCAAGGACCCAGAUCUCCCCAAGGACAAAGCACCAGCAAUGAGAGAGAGCGGAGGUCGUUGGGGCCCAAUCAAACCAUGGGAACGAAGACACAUUUUCCCUGCACGCCCAGCAGCCACCAAAUUUGUCUUCCCCAAGGCUGGAAAUUGUCCAGUAGAUUAUUUUGAGCCAGCGUUCUUCAACUCGCUUGGCACAGGAGUAAGGGCAAUGUGGAGUGCAUCGAAACCAUAUGCAGCACUACCCAAGGACGUUCUGAUCAGGGAGAUCUUAGCAACCAACCCUCCCCAUCCUUUCAAGAGAAUAGAUUGUAAACAGUUUAUCUGCACAUACGGCAUCUCAGCGUUGGAACCCUAUAACUUUCCAACUCAGGAUGAAGUUGACGCCAUGGUAGAGGAAGAAGAGAAGGCUGCUAGAGGAGGGAAGAAGAGAACCAGAAGAGCCUGUUGA